AAAAAAAAAAAAAAAAAUACUAUGUUGCAACCAUUCUUCAACUUUGUCUAUGCACCGCAAAAUGCUAUAAAAAAUGUGAGCUGUUAAUUUAAGGAAUGUAAACACAUUGGCUAUGGCCAGCACUGUGGUUAGCCUAUCCUCAAUAGUCUUGCUUUGCACGAUAACAGCAGUUCAAGGGAGGAAAACACUUCAUCACCUAAACAAUGAAUGGCUAACAUCUUAUUCAGUUAUUAAUGACAUUGAUGGUAUUUGUAAAACAAUGGUAGAGACACAAGGUUACACAUGUGAGGAACAUCAGGUUACAACAGAGGAUGGCUACAUCUUGAGCCUGCAGAGGAUUCCGGUAGGGCGGUCCAGUAACAACACUGACAAGCCGCCGGUGCUGUUACAACAUGGUAUCUUUUGUGAUGCUCUAACAUGGCUGGUCAAUUCUCCAGAUGAAUCAUUAGGGUUUAUCUUAGCAGACAAUGGAUAUGAUGUGUGGCUUGCCAAUACUCGUGGGACGAAAUAUAGUAACAGGCACAUAUCACUUGAUCCUGAUGACAUGGCUUAUUGGGAUUGGUCAUGGGAUGAAUUGGCUAGUUAUGAUCUUCCUGCCUUUGUCCAAUAUGUGUACAACCAUACUGGUCAGAGAAUACACUAUGCAGGUCAUUCCUUGGGAACUUUAAUGGCUUUAGCUUCUUUCUGUCAAGGGCAAGUGGUGAACAUGUUGAGAUCAGCUGCAUUACUUAGCCCAAUUGCUCAUAUGAAUCAAAUUACAUCACUACUAACAAAAAUUGCUGCUGACGCAUUUCUAGCUAAUGACAUAUACUGGUUAGGACUCCGGGAAUUUGUUCCAAACGGGGAUGUUGCAGCAAAAUUUGCAAAAGACUUAUGCCAUAUUCUAAACUUCGACUGCUCAAACCUAAUGUCACUUUUCGCAGGUCCAAAUUGCUGCAUAAAUUCGUCCACAAUAGAUGUCUUUCUUGAUCAUGAACCACCGCCAACAGCAACUAAGAAUUUGGUCCAUCUAUCCCAAAUGAUCAGAACAGGAACAAUAGCACAGUAUGAUUAUGGCAAUCAAGAACAAAACAUGCAACACUAUGGACAACCACUUCCUCCUCUUUAUGACAUGACCGGAAUUCUGAAUGAAUUCCCUCUUUUCAUCAGCUAUGGAGGGCAAGAUACUCUAUCUGAUGUAAAGGAUGUGCAGGUUUUGCUCAAUGACCUCAAAGAUCAUGAUUGGAACAAGCUCGUGGUAUUGUUGAACGAAGACUAUGCUCAUGUUGAUUUUGUUAUGGGUGUUAAUGCUAAUCAAAUGAUCUAUGAUCCUAUGAUGGAUUUCUUCAAGGUUAAUUGAUUUUAUACUAUUGCUAGUCGUACUUUAAAUAAUGUAAAUAUUUUUGCAUCAAGUUAGAUCAAUAGAA